CCAACCUGUAUUUUAUUAGGGUGACACCAUGACAAUCCCGGAACCCUUGAGGGUCUUAUUCGAUACAUUCCCGAUAAGUCAGUUGCCAUCGGUGGUUCAGCAUACAGCACAGGAGAAAGUUGCAUUGGAGAAGAGACAGUAUCGCUAUUCACAGAGGAGAUCUGCUUCACCAUUGACCAAAUUCACAGUAUGCGUUCAUAAUGUGUAUAAGGCCGACGAUAACUCAUACCUUGCAACCGAUCCACUGUGUCUCACUGUUCAGCUGGCGAUGUGCUUGAAGCUGGACGUCUCUAUCCCCAAAGUCAACCAUGACCAUUUGGACAAAUCUCGAGAUUUGCUCUUUGUUGUUAACCACCAUGCCUGCGAGCAAUUACCACUUUACCUGGAGGAUGAGGAUGGCUCGUCAAAGCAUCAAGUGGUACGCGACUACAACUACUUACAGGACUCGCUGAUCCAGUCGCUGGUGACGUCGAGCACUGAGCUCAUGCUCAUAACGCUUGUGGAUUGUGUUUUAUACGACUCGUGGGUAACAACGCUCCUGUUUGAAAUGGACAGCAAACAGCUAUGCUCGAUGUACAUCCAUGAUAUCACCGCAAACCACACGUUUGUGAACUCGUUGUCUGUCCCGCAGCUAUCACACUCGUUGAUCCAUAGAAACGGGUUCAACUUGAGAAACCCACACAUCACGAAGCUGUACGACUCCAUAUAUACAUGGAGAACAGAUAAGUACGUAUCGUUUGAGAAGGAGAGGAACUUACGAGAACUCCACCACGCACUGGAGAACUUGGAGACCAUUCUCUCAAAGAAGAACUCGGACUUUUUCCACAUAAAGACAUCUGACAAGGACAAAUCCAUUGGGCUCUUGGACGUCAAGCUGGCCAGCUAUAUCACACUCUGUGAACAAUUCAUGGAGGGCACUACCAUGUACAACACAUUGCUGGGCCAUCAUCUACUCAGAGAACACGCAAGGCAGGUGGUUAAGCAGUGCAGCUAGAAAAGAAAAGGCUGCCACACCACACUGUCAUACACAACUUAUAACAUUCAAUGUACAUAUACUAUACAACACACAUAUAGAAUCCCCAAUCACAUGUAUAACACUGGCAUUUCCAAGCC